UUGAAAUCCAAUCCAAACAAAGUAAACCUCAUUCUCUUGGCUAUUUUCUAGUUUAAAACACACACACAUUAAAUUUCUUAACAUGGGUAUGUCCAAAAAUUUUUGUUCCUUAUUUAAAUGUGAAAUAAGAAUAAUACAAGUCCAAAAUGUUGAUUCCAUAAAGUCCAAGGGGAAUUUAUUUGCAAGAUUCUAUCUUCCUUCAGGGAACAACAACAAAAGGAUCCAACUUAACACUAAGAAGGUUCAUUCCAAAUCCUUUCCCUUUUGGAAUGAGUCCUUCACUCUUGAUUGUUCUUGCCCCCAAGAAUUCUUGGACACACUCAAGCAUGAAAGCCUUGUUUUGGAGAUGAGGCAAAGCAAGAAGAUUUUGGGGUCAAGUCUUGUGGGAAAAGGUGAGAUUCCAUGGAAGGAAGUUCUUGAAUCAUCACCAAACAUGGUGUACAAAGAGUGGGUGAAGAUGGUUCCAUGCAAAGAAGAAGCACCUAAAGUUGAAGUUGAGAUUAAAAUACAAGUGGCUAAGAGGGAAGAGGAGAAGGAGAAUAAUAACAAGAGCUUCAAUUUCAAUUGGGAUGAGUGUGGAUGCAAAAAUGGCCAUGAUCAUGAUCAUAAUGCAUGGUUUAGUGCAGAUGAUUAUGAUGUAUUUGCACUAGGGUUGGCUUUGGAGGCUUUUUGAUUUUGGACUCAAAUUCAAUUGGUGCAUAGUGCACUAGUUUUUUUGUCUGUAUUUGUUUUUAUUUAAUUUAUAUUACUGCGGAGGCAGAUGCCUUUUUUCUUUGGAAGUCAUGAAUUUGUUGUUUUAUUUGUAUAAAAUAAUACUAACAGAAUUCUGUCACAAAUGUUA